AUGGGUACUGCGCAGAACGAGAGAAGCGGGGCAGCAGGCUUGAGAAUUGAGACCUCAUUCCGUCAGAGAACAGGAUGCAAUGGAGAAGAUGAGGCAAGGCAUACGUCGGCAGCCGAUAGUGAUGGUAUCAAGAGCGACCGCAUCAACAUAACUCGUGAUUACAGCGCGCGUCGUCGCGAUACUGAUGAAGACCGUAGUAGGUUAAAUGAUUUUCAUUCAACCACGUCGCCCAUCUCAGUCCCCCGCUCCGAUGGCCGACCUAUAGACGAUGACGACUAUCCUCACAAGCCAGACGAGGUAGAUGGAUCGCCUUUAGACAGCUAUCUUCAGGCACGCCGCCCUUCUAUAAGCUUCAACCCUAAGGUUUCUAUUGAUUCUGGCCAUGAAUACCCAUUGGAGCGGUCUCGAGAGCGGCCCCCACUGAAGUUUGAAUCUCGGACUUCUGGCCUCCGAAAUGCUCUUUCUCAGGACGACGAGUCAUUCCCUAAAAGCCACGGUCCAUGGGAAUGGAACUCGAAACGAGGUCAGCAUGAGCGGGGUAUCCCGACCGGAUCCUCCCGCGCCCGCUCUGUGGUGAGUCCGAUGAAUGAGUCAAUAGAAGGGCCAACGUCUCUCACUUCGCUUUCAACGGCAUCACCGCUCGUUGACGAAGUGAGAACACCACCGGGAAGUAAUAAAGAUGAUUUACUGUCACCAAUUUACUUUACUUCUCCCUCUCACCAGUUCUCAUCCCCUGUGGAACGCAGUGCCUCCUGGUCAGGAGAUGCGUUGACAAUAUUUGGAAGCAAGCCUCGCAGUUCCACUAUGGAUCGAAGCAGCAGUCUGCGAAAUCCUAUGCGCAGUUCACGCCGCUCUACCGCCACAUCCAGCGGUAAAUCACCGGCCAGCAUGUUCCUUUCCAUGUGGUCCGGUCAAAAUGAAGAGCCUGUUACCCAACCUGACGAGGAAGGCCAAAUGGUGGGAACUGACUACGUCCUUGGCAAACAGAUUGGCUUUGGAGGCUUCAGUGUUAUAAAGGAGGCCUUCAAAGUGGAAGAGCAAGGGCAAGCUAAACGACUGGCCGUCAAGAUCGUUAAGAAACAAGUGACAGGCCGCAGUGAGAGUGAAAAUGAAGGCGUACAAGCUGAAUUUGACCAUGAGGUGCGAGUCUGGCGGUAUCUUAACCACCCCCACAUCUUGACUCUUGAUUCGGUUUACGAAACGGAUUAUGCGACCUUCUGCUUCACAAAGCUUGCCAUCGGUGGAAGCCUGUUUGACUUUGUCCGCCAAAACCGUCAGGGCCUUGAUACAGCUCUUGCGAAGAAAUACUCCUAUCAACUAGCAUCUGCCGUACGGUAUCUCCAUGAAGAUGCCCGCAUCGUUCACCGAGAUAUCAAACUUGAGAAUUGUCUCCUUGAUCCUGUCAAACAGCCAGACGGCACGGUAUCUUCGACAUUGGUGCUCUGCGACUUCGGCAUGUCAGAAUGGAUGGUGACAGAUGGUGGCGAUGACGGCCCUGAUCCAUAUGAUAAAGCUACCGACCGACCGCCACUUAAACAAAUGGGCCCGGCAGACUCAAGCACCAGCGUUGCAGGCAGUCUUGAAUACGCCUCUCCUGAAUUACUUCAAUCAACCAAUGGAUUGAUCCAUCCUUCGGUUGAUGUAUGGGCCUUCGGUGUCAUUGUCUACACUGUCAUCGUAGGCUCUCGACCAUUCCAAGACUCGUUCACGCCUCGCGUCCAGUCAAAGAUCAUGGCGGGAGAAUGGAACCGUGACGCCAUUUUCGGCGAUAUCGAUGAUGAAACCCUUUUGCGAGAUCGUCAAGAAGCGCUCGAUUUGAUCGAAGGCUGUCUUGAAAUGGACGUGCGUAAGCGUUGGACUAUUCGCGAAAUCCUCGACUGUGCCUGGCUUCGUGAUAUUGCUGCAAUCCAUGAAGAGAGCUCACCGGAGUCUGCAUGGAGCCUUUAA